AUGCUCUUUGGUAACGCUCUCUCCCUCCUCUCCCUCGCCGGCUACGUCUCCGUCAACUCCGUCCGCGACCAGUGCUCCAACAAGGUCGACUUCCUCAGCGAGCUCCUUGGCAAGGUCUUCUGUUGUUCUGACGACAACCGUACCGACCCCGAGAAUGGCCUCACUUGCCCCUUAAGGAUGGUCCAUGCACAAGGAGGAGAUGUGGUCAUCGACAGCUCAAGUCAGCGCCUCGACAUCAACUCAGCGCCUCGACAUCGCCUCGGUGCCCGCCUGGGCCAGUACCACCAGCCCCAGCCCCAGCAGCCCCAGGCCCAGUCCCAGUCCCAGGAGCACACGUACCCUCCUCAUCCUGUUUCCUCACCCCAUCCGUCCUCUGCCCCGUCCCGCUCGCCCUCUUCCCCAUCGCCCUCCGAGUCAAUCCAGCAGCUGCAGCAACAACUCCAGCAGCUGCAGCAAUCCCAGCAGCCCCCGCCCCAGCCUCAGCCUCCCGAGAGCCAGCAGCCCUGGGCCCACGCUCUUUGGCAGAGAGUCAGCCUGCCAAUCCAACAGGGUAUCACCUGGCCUCUGUCUCUGAGCGCGGUCUGCCUGAUUGUUGGGCUGGGGCUGGACUGGAACAGUCCGACGGUCGCUGGUGGCGCUCUGCGCAACUACGCUGCCCCAGGCUUGUGGCUGAUUGGCGCCUUUGUCUGGUACCCCAGCGUUAUCGCCGUCUGGAGAAGGGUCCCGGGCGCCCAGUUGAGGGCGAGGCGCUGGGUUUAG